AUGACUUCUCAAACAAGCGAAAGGGAUAGCGCAGGACUAGACGCCGUCAGAGUCACUCCUAGCACUGCUGGAGGGCGGCUCAUGCCGACUGGUCCUGUCCCGGUGGAUGUCAAUAACCUGAAUGCUACUUGGACACGUCUCCAGUUCGUCAACCAGCAGUAUGCCGGGUUUCAAAGAGAGUCAUGCGAUAUCCAGCGCACUCUGUGGACCAACAUCCACACGUUGCUGGGCCAGAAGAUCGCUUUGGAGAAGUCGUGGCGGGAUAUCAAUACGGCAUACAACUCCAAGGCCGACGAGCUGACCGAAAUGGCCCAAAACAGCGUCGCCGAAGAGUCUAAAGGCCGGAACCGGCAUCUGGCCGAGCAGCAGAGGUUCUUGCAACAUGACGUGGAUCAGGCCCGUCAGAGGAUCCACGCCUUGGAAAAUGGUGUUGCCGUGCACGGAAGUACGACCGGCGCUGCGGACCAUGCGAAGGGCGCGGCGAUUCACGAACUGGACUCGAGCGAAAACGGAAUGACCACUGUGAGGACACUAGAGCUUCAGGCCCGGAUAAAGGAAAUGGAACAAGACUACGAACAUAUGGUGGGACGCUACAAGGACGAACUAUCCGGCCUCGAAGCACGUCUGUCGGUGGCAGAUCAGAAAUUGAAGCAGUUUGAACAGACCACCGACAGAACCCGGACGAUGGAUUUAGUCAUUUCACCUGCCGUCAAAAGGGAACCACUGUCUUCAGGCAUCGAUGAAAACGUCAAAAUGGAAGAUAACGAGAUCACUGGGCGAGGACGUCGAAGGCAGCCAAAGAGAGCUCGAAAGGGGCGGAAGCUAGAGCCCCAAAAUCCAGACAUGAGGAUGGCUUUAGUAGAGUAUAUCUACAAGGACCGUCGCCGAAAGCCAUCAUUAUCACAACAAGUCGAGUCCUCGAAAGGGCAACAUAACCUCCAUGCCAUCAUGAACAUGCCACGUCCACGCAAUAUCCACAGCCCGUCCCAACCGAAUCAACCUCCGGUGCCGAGUCCGAUGGAUGCAUUGAUCGACAACAACCAAGGCUCAUCCGUGGCGCUCGAAGCAUCUAGGUCUCGACUGGAGGCCUCCAAACGCGCCAUACGCCCUACUCCAUUGCAAAGAAUUGAGCAACUCACCGGGGAGAAGACAGCACUGCAAAAAGAGCUUGCCAAAUGUCAGAGACAGGAGAGCGCCAAUCGAGCAUUUAAAGAAGAGAUGAGGAUGGUUUUAGACCGACUCCAGCAGGCGGUAUUUGAGUGGAGAAGAGCCCAGAGGGAAAUUGAUGCCGAUUUCAACGUGAGCUUGCAGCAAGGCGUGGACACCGCUAGCAUUAAGGUUAGCAUCCAGAGUCGUGACGUAUGACCUCGAAUGGCGGACGCCACUCGCUACGAAAUUACAAUCUUCGUGCAGAGUAGCUACAGUAUUAUGGCCUCAGAAGGUUCCUCAAUUGAUUACCGACAUACGCC